UUUCACUGACGUCAAAGUAGAUUUUCCUAAUUUCAUGUUGUUUAACCGCACGUAUUUUAUAGAAUGGACCAAGGUUUGUCGAAAAAGGAUAGCGUGAAUCUUACCGGGUUGCUGUGGGAUGAAGCCACUACCAAUAAAUCAUUUGAAUCCCUCACCCAGGCCUUCCAUGCAAGCUUCAAUAAACAAGAACACUUCAAGGUCGGAUCGUCACUGGUCCUACUGCUGAGUAGCCCAGACCUUUUACCCACGCCCCCUCAGCGUCUUGCAGCUCUCUUCCUACUAUGGGAGAUGUACCGCUCAGAGGCCAUUGGGAACAACCCAUUCGCACCACUGUUCUCUCUUGUCUUGACCCGAAUGGAGGAUGACAAGAUCAGUGGACCUAUCCUGGUUGGACCAAUCGGCAAAUCAGAGAGAUAUUUCCUCUCCCAGCUCAUCACCACAACUAACCCGCCUAGAGAGCUCUUCAAGAAAUCCCCGCGUCAGAUCGUUGCGAUGGAUCCUGGUCCCAACGCCCCUCAUAUCGACAUCACAGGUCUCCAGCUUGCCCUAGCGGAACGCCAGUCAGAGCUCCCCAGUCUCAGUAAAGCAGGUCUCUCAUGCAUCAUGAAUGACCCUGACCCCGAUGCCAGCUCGGUCUUUGACCCUCAAAUAGCCCAGCCUGUGGUGGAGGCCCUCAUCUGCGGCUCAAAGCCUCCCAUGGAAACGACCUUUACCCCCGAGUUUAUCCGUCUACCGCCCCCACUACACAUAUGUGAGGAUGAGUUAUUAUGGAUGAACCCUUCUGACGGCAACCACACGAUUGCAUGGGACUCCACAAUGUGUCAGACCAACAGUGCUGGGCAAGAGGUUAAGAGACUCAUGGCCAAGGCCUUCAAAGAGACACUCAUGCUCCAACAACAGCAGCAGCUGCUUAGCGAACUAGAAAAAGAUCCAAAACUGGUUUACCACAUAGGAUUGACGCCUACAAAGCUACCGGGGUUGGUGGAGAGCAAUCCCCUGGUUGCCAUAGAGAUCCUGCUACGUUUGAUUCAGUCUAAUCAGAUCACAGAAUACUUUGCCGUCCUGGUCAAUAUGGAGAUGUCCCUGCACUCCAUGGAAGUCGUCAACAGACUCACAACGGCAGUAGACUUGCCCCAGGAGUUUGUUCAUCUAUACAUUUCCAACUGCAUUUCGACCUGUGAGACGAUCAAAGACAAGUCAAUGCAGAACAGACUGGUCAGACUGGUGUGUGUUUUCCUACAGUCCCUUAUACGCAAUAAGAUCAUCAACGUCAAAGAUCUCUUUAUAGAGAUGCAAGCAUUCUGUAUUGAGUUCAGCCACAUCCGGGAGGCUGCAGGCCUGUUCAGAUUACUCAAGACGUUAGACAGCGAACAACAGAAACAGUUUCAGCCCUCGUCAACAUCACCGCUUACGACACAGCAAGGGAACAAGAAAUGAUUAUCUCCGUAAAAAUUGGAAUUAUACUCUAAUCAUACCACUGAACCACCUCAGAUUGAUUCCAAACCGAUGUAUUCUUGGCAGUUUUAUUUUACUGCAGUUGUUUGUCCGAUCUGUCGUAGGUCUGGUGGCGGUCUCGUCAGCGUGAGUGAAGAUCAUAAGGGCAUCUGAUCACUAUUUAAUGAUAAUAAUGAUAUCGGGUAUUGUUAUAGUGCACAUAGACACCAUGCAAGGUAAUCAAUGCGCUCCAAUAUUACUCCGGCUCUGCUAUGCUACUGAUCGCGAUACUCACAGCAUUCAAGGACCAUUUAAAACCUGGGUGGAAAGUGGCAAAUGCAGAUUUAUAUAUCUUGCCAAAGGACGUUAGUGCCACGACGGGACUUGAACCGCUAAUCAUGUGAUCCACAGUCCGAAGACGCAAGUUGACUUGGAUUCGAACCCUGGACCUUAUGGUUAUGAGACCACUGCUCUACCACUGAGCCAGUGCGCCUCCUCACUAACCCUUUACCUUUUCACCACCAUUAACAAUAGAACAGACCCCAAAGAAACAGAUAUUUUAAAUAAUCCUUUCUCAAACUGGAGUUAGUUUUCCUGGGAUUUCAACUACCCUUAUUGUACAAACUCUAAACAAAAAUACAGUUUUGUGUUACAUUUUUAAUUUCUUUUUUUAAAUUAGAUAUUUGGAAUAUUACUGCAUUUCAACUCUAACCCUUAUAAAAAAAGGUACCAUGGUGGUAACCAUGGUUCUUUGUCCAAAUUACCAUCCACCAUUUAUACCAUUGUAACCAAACAAUGGGAAUUU